CUCCUCGACGACGUCCUCAACGCUCACCGCACUUUGCUUCUCCAGUCAGCCCCCAGCGCAUGCCUGCUCGGCGCCAGUCUGCCUCUUCCGCCUCGACGAGCUCCAGCGCCUCGACGCACCGCCUGCACAACCCCGCGUCGCCGCCGCUCGCCUCGCUCUCGGCGCUGCCGCCGCUGCAGGCCGCCAUGUCGCCGGCCUCCUCUUCCGCCGCAAGCAAGCCGGCGCCGCCACCACCGGCGCGCUCCGACUCGGGCAGCUCCUUCACGACGCGCGCCCGCUCGGCCAGCAUCCAGCGCGGCCAGGCCGUGCUGCGUGCCCUGGCGCGCGCGCCCGAAGAUGCCACGCCCAACGGCUCCGGCUCCAACUCGGACGAGGAGCGCUCGGCAUCUGCAGGGCCAGUUCCAGGCCUGAAGAACCAGCCGCAGACGCCGACGGUCGAGGGGCUCAGCGAGGAGGCCAAGGCGAGCGGGCGCGCCAACCGCGAGGGCCUGCGGCGGCGGGGCGAGCAGAAUGAGGUGGAGCGCGCCGUGGGCAAGGAUGCAAAGGGCGUGCUCAACAAGCGGCACAAGCCCGCCAAGAGCUGGGAGAUUCCGCGCAAGCUCUUCCACGGCUCCAUCGGCUUCUGGGUGCUGUAUGCGUACCUGUCGGGCGCGGACCUCUCCACCAUCGUGCGCACCAUGUCCAGCUUCCUGGCCAUCGUGGGCACGGCCGAUGUGAUCCGGCUCAACAACCCGGCCUUUGAGCGCGUGUACGAGAGCGUGCUGGGUGCGCUGAUGCGCGAGGCAGAGAAGAAGCAAGUCAACGGUGUGGUGCCGUUCCUGAUCGGCGUCAUCACGUGCCUGCACUUCUUCCCGGAAGACAUUGCCUGCGUCUCCGUCAUGAUGCUCUCGUGGGGCGACACUGCCGCGUCGGUCUUCGGCCGUCUCUUCGGCCGCUACACGCCGCCGCUGCCGUCGCCGCCCUUUGCGAGCCGCAAGUCGUCUGCGGGCUUCCUGGCCGCCGUCAUUGCCGGCACGGCCACGGCGUACGUCUUCUGGGGCACCGGCAUUGCCGUGCGCGGCGAGCGGCCGUCGGGCCUCAGCUGGACGCCUACGCACGCCGUCUUCGGCACGCCGGCCACGCACGGGCCGCUGCACUCCGGCUGGACCGGGCUGCGCUGGGGCUUCCGUGCCUCGCCGCCGCUGGCGCCCUCGAGCAGCCUCGGACAGACGGCCAGCUCCGUCUUUGCAGCCGCCAAGGCGCAGCUGCUCCCCGGCAGCACCGUGGCCGCCAUGCCGCUCUGGCUGCUCUGCUCCGGCGCCGGCCUCGUGGCGGGCGUCGUGGAGGGCCUCGAGCUUGGCGGCGUCGACGACAACCUCAGCCUGCCCAUCGGGAGCGCCAUCGGCAUCCAGGCGCUGCUGUGGGCAUGGGGUCGUCUCGCCUCGCUGUGGGCAUAAUGGCGCCAAAAAGUUACGAGUGCAAAUGCCCGAUGCGCAUCGCCGUCUGCGGAGCCGGCAAGCCAAGGGCCGUCGCGACGCCGAGGCGGACCUCGAAGCUCAUCCCGCGCGCUGGCAUGACCUGACGCCAGCAGCCAAUUCGCAAAUGCUGCCGUCCUCGCGGUAGAGCAGAGACGGGCUCUGAAAUUGUCCGCUGCGUCUCCGGCAUGCUUGCGAGGCGUGCCGGUCGAUGGGCGGGUCGAGGGAGAAGGGGUCGUCGACAAGGGCGCAAAUAAUCUAUUUUGAUACCAGCU